AUGGCAUUGGCAUUGGCUGCCUCUACGACUGCCUCUCGAGCCAAUCGCAGAGACGGUUCCGUGUACAUCGAAGUGCUCAAUCCGCCACCCUUCUACACAAGUGAGGACUGCAUCCGAGGCAAACUACUCGUGGAGCCCACAUCGCGACCUAAUCGCAUAAGCAUAAGUCUAAGGGGCUUCUCCAUCCUCCAAGAUGUCAAUUGCAGGAGCGUGCGAAUCGACUUUUAUAGAGCAUCUCAAUACCUCUACACAUCCACAGGCGAUAACUUCCAGCGUCUUACUAGAAACACAACAGAUCCCACCAAGGUUGAGCUGCCUUUCUCCAUCGAUGUUCCGCAACAUGCUACCCUACACCCACCAGCUGAGAGACUCUGGGUGCAUCCAACGGACUCUUACAAUCACCCACGAUUCCAACACUCACCAGGAUUUCCACUUCCACCAAGCCUUAGCGGUCCCACGCCCACAAGUCCACAGGUCUUGUACCACCUGGAAGCGUACAUGGAGUCCGAUGUACCGAAAAGAGAACCUCUAAAGAUUCGACAGGAAGUCAAGUACAUGCCACCAGCUCCCGAAUUUCAUCCAGCGCUCCUCCAGCCGGAUCUGAACUUCGGUACCAAGUUACCGAAGCACUGCAGCCGCCAAAAGUUGAUUCGUUCACGCAAGCUAUUCCCGGAUUAUAGUGAAAAGCACAGUAAGCUCGGAAGAUUCAAGGACAAACUUGUCGAAAAAGAAAUGCUCUUCGGUCCCCAGAGCUUUGCGGAGAUACCCUACAUCCAGUUCAAUCUUUUCGCCACUCCCGCUAGCGUUCUGGUGGUUGGUUCUAUGGUCCCAGUCAUCGUUACAGUACAGCAUCUGAAACGCUCAGAAUCACUCGCCACCCUUCCCGACCUUUUCCUGAAGCGUGUAAAGGUUCAGUUGAACGCUGUGAUAAACACGUUCGUGCCUGGCGAACAGUACGGUCGACAUGCCACCAGGGCGGCCAACUCCUCAGACAAGAAAAACAUCGUCCUCUGCGAUGAGAAAUUCGAAAAAGAUCACGAACUUCCGCUAUACGAUGGACUCAACCUUUUGGAUGUGGCAAAUAUCGAGCUGCCAAAAGACAGUAUUCCAAGCUUCACGAGUUAUGGUCUCAACUUGGAAUAUGAGUUGCAGAUCGAGAUCUCAGGAAGAUGUGCGGAUCGAGAGUGGACGGGCAUUGCUUGCACUCAGCCAGUGCAGGUCGUCACGAGUUGGCAGAAGACCCCGAACGAAGCCAUCAACCCGUUCGAAGCGGGUCCUGAGCCCGAAUACCAAGAACUAGAUCCCAUGGCGCAGAUUUACGAGAUAGAAUCGAACCGGACAGCCUCGGAACUAGGGACAGAUGCUCCGGCGUAUGAGCUUAACUCAAGACACAUGGCACCACGCAUAGCAGACAGCGUACCUCCGCCAGAGUAUGCUAUAUCGCACUGA